AGGUUGCUGCAGAAAUAACUAAAUUUCAAGGUCGGGACCAUUUAUAGCCGACUAUACGGUAUGGGUUUUUCUCAUUGUUGAAGACUGUACAGUUACCUAUAAUUGCACAAUGAGGUUUUAUUUCCUUCUUAUGGUUCUUAUUCCGGCGUCAGCGCUUAUUGUAGAAGAUGUAUUCCCACCAAGUUUAGCAGAAUGCUACUCGGGACAAGUUGACAAAAACACCACUCCAUAUGAUGUUCAAACGAGCUGUUUAGAAAGCUAUUUGGCUCAUAUGUACAAAAAUACUAGUUCACCAGGUUUAGGGAAGGAUGCUUUUGACUGGCUAGAUUCCCUUGGCAGAAAAUUACAUAUCCGACUGAGAAGACAGGGACGCUACAGAUCUAGAUUGCGUGUAAGGAGGGAAAUUCGAACAUGACGUGAAAAUGAAUUAGACGAUUUUUUCGACGCAGUAAAUGCCCUGAAAAGGGACAAGUCGGUCUCACCAAACAAGUAUGAUUCGUUUGCAAUUAUGCACCAGGGAGGCGCCGGAAAUUCUGCACAUAAUGGUCCAAAUUUUGUUAGCUGGCAUAGAUAUUACCUCGUACUAUUCGAAAACGCUCUUCGGGAAAAAAAUAGCAGAGUGACUCUUCCAUACUGGGAUUCAACAGCAGACUAUUUGAUGGACAAUCAAAAGGAUUCAAUCUUAUUUACUGAAAUAUUUUUGGGGAACCCAAAAGGUGUUGUUUAUUCAGGUCCAUUUGCAUUUUGGGAAACGCCGACAAUACCGAGUACGUUGUUAAGACGUGAUGUAGGAAGAUUUGGCUCUCCUAUUGACCCACAGAGGUUAGAAACUGUGUUUAGCAAAAAAUAUCACAGAGAAAUUUUAAGAAAAACAACUCCAGAUAGCAGUUAUGCCAAUUUAGAGUCUCACCAUGAUAAUGUUCACGGGUGGGUCGGCGGAGAUGACGGUCAUAUGUCAGACGUAAAUUUAAGUCCAAUGGAUCCAGUUUUCUGGCUUCACCACUGCUUCGUAGAUUAUCUUUGGGAAAAAUUCAGAAAACGUCAAAAAAUAUUAGGAAUAAAUUCAGAAACAGACUACCCACCAACCACUAUACCAGAGCACAAGCCAAAUAGGCUUAUGGAUAAUUUAAGACCAUCAAAGAAGAAUAUUCAGGGGUAUAGCAAUUCAUUUACAAAACAAAUUUAUAGAUAUGCACCUGCCCCGACUUGUCGCAACAACUGCGGAGGAGCGUUUAAAGGAUUUUUAUUAUGUGAUAGAAGUAAAAAAGGGUGUGUGUCCGGAUCUAGGUAUGAUUUUAUUCGAAAUGGUGGAUUAAGUCGAGUUAAGAGUUUUUACCCAUCAAAGGCAAAAGGUAAACGAAUGGAUAUUCCUCUAUCUUUUAAAAAUAUUAAAUCUUCGGAUCAACCAACAAUGGUAUCUGAUUCAAUAAAAGCAGAAGGAGGUUUACCAGACAUAAAGAGUGGGAGCAUUUCACCAUUCGAAAGAACAGAGAACAGUCAACUAACUCGAACUUCAACAGCUCCAACAAUCACACAAAGAUUUAAGAUGCACUUUGGUAGUGGUAGAUCAAGGAGUCGAAGAUCAGCUGAAUUCAGUUUAACAGGCAAUAAUCUCAACAUUGGCUUUGAUAUAAAUCUUCGUCUGAGACAGGAGAAUAGGACUCCAUACCAAUUCGACAAUUUGGCAAUGUCACCAAUAGCAAUAACAAACAAACACGAGAUAAAUCGAAAACCAGGACAUGAUCAAAUUAAAAACCAAAGAACAUUUAACAUUACAUUUCAGACUGAUGGAUUCUCCUAUAAUGGUAGACAUCUCGACUACAUUUCUAUAGAUGAACGCACCCGUUUCUCUGAAUCUAUUGGUCUUAUUGUCUUUAAGAAGCCAGUUUCUGAUGAAACAAAAACCUACGUAAGGGCGUACGACUCAAACGGUGAAAUGUGUCAACCGAGUUGUCUGGUAUCAAAAUCAACGUAUAAGGAAUGUUCGGGGCUACUCAAGAUCACGUCCGAUUUUCCUCGUAUGUACGUUGAUUCAUAUAAUGAUACAUUUGAUUCAGAAAUAACACCGUUUCUGAGGUUCGUUUGUGUAAAUUAAUGGCAUAUUUCCAUAAAAAAUGUUUUCGUAUAUGUUUUCUCCAGAUAUUUUGUGAAGAAAAUAAUA